ACAGAUCCCGAUGUUUCUCAAUCUGCACGUGUCUAAGCCUGCUGGCGGGAACUACUUGGUGGUGAAGUUCAUCAAGUUCCUCACCAACGAGAAGUUCAACGCCAUUCAGCGGGAGCUGAUCGUCGGCGAGCCCCUUAUCCCGCACUGGAUACGCGACCGUUACGCGACGCUGAAGACGAUGUACAAGAUCCUCGAGAGCACGGGUGGCAUCUUGUUCAAGUAUUGGCAGUUCGAGGCGACAGCCGCGGCGCCAGCGGCCGCCGUGCCUGGCGACGAAGACAACGUGGAUGAGAAGAAGAGAAAGCUGACCGCCGGCUUCGACUUCAUCAUGGCAGAGGCGCCACGCGGGAACUUCGAUUGCCAGCAAAUCUUGUGGGUUGAGCAUCAGCUCGUCGACCCAGAUAGUCCCAUUCACGAUUGCAGGCGGGAGCUUAUUGACAGGGUGCUCAAGAAGAUCCAGGACAGGGGCCACUUUGCUGUCGAGGAGACGCACUACCCGUGCCUACCGCAUGAUAUUUGCCCAGAGUAUCUGGACAUCGCAAAGCGCAACAUCAAGACGCUGUUGACGAACACGCUGCUCACCGUUGGCGAGGCCAGGUUCGGCAAGACACCUCUCAUGCACAUCCUGGCGAUGGCCAUGGAGCGCUGGCACGCAGACAUGGAGAAGGCGCAGGGCAAUGAUGUCGUCGCGGCGGUGCGGGCGUCGGCCGAGAUGGACUCCUUCCGCGGGGAGGUCGGGGAGAAAUGGGUCCCAUGCAUAUUCGACGACGGGGGUCUCUCCGACCAGCGGCCCCGCGUGCUCCAGGCGCGGGCGGGGAAAAAGCUGGCUGUGGCCGGGUUGCCCGACGCUGGCGCCAUCUCGCGCGCGUCCUGCGCGACGCGAGCGUUCUUCGACCCGACCCAGAUGCAGGCGAUGACUUACGCCAGGUGGGGCGCGGCUACGUUGGCGCGGGGCCAGGCGGCUAAGUUCGGCGGGGGAAACGAAUGCAACGCGGCCGCCGAACCGUCGCCCGAAGAUUGGGCAUUUGCCGUCACGGGCGGCGACAAGGCGAAGGAGGCGACGCAGUUCCUGAUCGACAUGAUAUUGCCUGCCAUCCCCAAACAUUUCUCCGGCAGUCAGGUCGGGGCGAUGCUGGAGCGCUGCAUCUUAUUGAUCAACGCGAAGUUCGCUCUCUACUUCCGCCCAGCUGGCCAGAAUAGCACUGUCGAGAAGCAUCCGCUGCACGAAGGGUUCUUGAAGCCAGUGGCGGGCAAAACACUCUGGGAGUACUUGCAGGACUCCAGCGUUCGCCGCGACACCGAGGACUUCGACCGCUUGCUCCCGUUCGAGAAGAGGGGCAUGGCCGAGCUCAUGGCGAAGCACAUGAAGUCCGACUUCGAUGAGCUGGACUUAUUUGGCCCUGUCGGCGAGGAUCCUGAGGGUAAGAGCGCCCGCGAGGUCCCCGAGGCCGCCCCUGAUGCGCCGCGCACGCCAGAGGCGGCACCGACCAAGCGCAUCAAGAUUGAGCCUGGCGCGUGGGGGAACCUCAAGCUCCAGCCAGGCCACAACGGCUGCGCCGACCUCAGUUCCCCGUCGCCGCCCCAGAAGAAGAAUAACGACAUGUCGGUGGAGAAGGAGCCCGAGCAGAUCAUGGAGGAGUAA